AAAAGCGAUGAUGUGAAUGUUACUAGUCUAGGCCAAGAAGCUCCUCCAGAAGCAAAAUGUUGCUCUCACUUGCUGCGUUGGUCUUCCUUCCUUCUAUUUUUGCUGCUACAGUCGAAACAAGGAUUGAAAAACGAAGCACGUUCACUGCUGUGGACUUAUCUGGAGUGGGCACCAGGGAUUUGUUAAACAGAGCCGGAUAUGAAGAAUGCAACCCUCCCCGGACCGAGCACGGCCUUUUCAGAGACUGCGGGGCCAGAGAUCGAGGCGCUUUUCCCGCAAGAUCGGCUGAGUGCUUUUGCGCCCAGUGCGCAGAGAAGUCGUUCAAAUUAUUCUGUAGCGCCGGCAAAUGGUAUUUGCACCCAGACCACUACGAUCUUCCCUGCAAGCACUGCAACAAUAAAGCGUGCACGCAGCCGAACAGGCAGUUUGAGUGCAGGACUCAGCAAAUUGGAGCCGCAAAAAGCGUCAAGAGCGAUUGCACCUGCAUGCACGACUGCCUCGACUAUGACCUUGAGUGCGACGCCAAUGGCCAGUGGAUGCAGAAAAAAUUCAUUGACUCUAAUGGACACAGCUUCGUUUGCAAUUCUGAAAAGAAGGUGAUGCGGUUGGGAUACAGGAGCAUAGAGUACGACAGGGGUUUGAUCACCGUCCGUUGCGAGAAAGGCUACAAAACGGAUUACCACAAUAAACUCUCGUGCAUCAAUGGCUAUCGAAAUGGAACCAUACCAGAAUGCAUACUUGGUAUCUAUCAAUUAAAACGCAGUGAAUCCGACAAAAUGAGCAACACUACUUUGUACAUCAUAUUAUUUGUUGCUUUGGCAUUGGUUUUGGCUCUGGUGGUUGCAGUUUCCGUGCCCUUGUUGCGCAAGUGCCGCAAUGUUAAGCGCUCAGAAAUAGCCGAAUCACCAAUCUACGCCACACCUGGCAAAGCACAGAGUUCCACUUAA